UGAAAUAAAACAAAAAAUUAAUUUUUAAAGUGAGGAACAUUGUCGUGCAAAUAACUACUAAACGAUUACAUCACUGCAGGCUAUGGUGAAUAUCAACACAGGAUCGUUGGUUAUCAGCGGUCUAUUGGCCGGUGGCAGCUUGUUUGUGGCUCACAUCAUACGCUCCCUUAAUGUAUUUCAGGCGCGUACGGCUGAAGGCGAGUCCGAAUCAGUUGAAAUUGAGAAAAGUAAUGGCAUUGGAGAAGGGAGGCAAACUAAGAAAACUAUGAGCAAAGACGAACGAUCUUCCAAUGUAGAGGAUUAUACAAACGACGCAAGAAGUCUUUUGGAACACUUCAAGUUAGUCUACAAAAAUGGUACAGGCGAAAGAGUAGAGACCACACUACCCAGCCUACUGGCUCACAUCGCCGAGACUUUCUCGGACAAUGACGUAGACAUAGCAGCUUGCGUACAAAAAUCCAUUUGUUUAUGGCUACAAAAGUCCAGCAAAGAUGUCCAUCAGGGACGGGCGACAAGCUUACAAAAAAUUAUUGAUGGAGUCAGCAGCUACGGAUGGCUUUUGGAUGCGCUGGUACCUUACGAGGAUCUAAGGAGAGCCAUAAAGGCUGGCAAAAUUAAAUCAGAUACCAGCUGUGUGCUGGCAUAUCCCGCAUGCCGAUGGUCCACGCCAGAUAUGCGGUUGGCGGAGCUUAUAAGAACGCAUGUGAACUUUGUUUAAUAUUUUUUAUACUUACUUUUUUCACUACAUUUUCAAAGUGGCAACACUGCUGAUUUUUUAUUACAA